UGUUAAGAAUGAAUUUCCAACAGAAUAUCAGGUCUCUUAGACACUCUUUGUAAGCUGUCUAGAAAUCUUUCUCCUCUUACUGUAAAUUGUUAGAAUUCAUUGUUACAGAUGUUUGGUUUUUGAACUAUGGGUAGUUGAGUCUGGCUUUAUUUUUCUUUAGUGAUUGUCUAUAAUGGCUGGCCAGACACAUCACAAUGUGGAGGACAUUGCCAUAUUGUAGAUUCAGCAACUACUUUUUGGGAUUAGCAUAUCAAUUAAUAGAUGACGUUCUCGAUUUCACAGGCACAUCAGCUUCCCUCGGGAAGGGCUCAUUAUCUGACAUUCGCCAUAAUGUUUGUAUCAGAUUUUUUUCCUUGGGAAUUGUAACAGCUCCAAUAUUGUUUGCCAUAGAGGAGUUUCCUGAAUUGCGUUCAGUUGUUGAUCGUGGUUUUGACAACCCUGCAAAUGUGGAUCUUGCUCUUGACUACCUUGGAAAGAGUCGUGGAAUACAGAGAACAAGGGAGCUAGCAGCAAAGCAUGCCAACCUUGCCUCGGCUUCAAUUAAUUCUCUGCCUGAGAGUGAUGAUGAGGAUGUUCAGAAAUCAAGGCGGGCUCUUAUAGAGCUCACUCAAAUAGUGAUUAAAAGAACGAAGUAA